AUGAACUAUCCUUGGCGAUCAGCUGCAGCCCGAAAUAUACAUGCCGAUUCUGCGGCUUCCACUUCAUCAUUACCUAGUGAUCGUCCUAAUAAUCUUCCCAUAACAGUGGGAACUGUCGCUUCUCGUAUCUUAUUCCUUCAAAAGCUUGCGGGCAAUCAAAAAAAUAAAUCACCACCAAAAACACCCUCUCGAUUUCCACAAAUACGAUCGCCAUCAAGAACAAGACAAGAGAGGAGUAGUAAAUCACCUCCUCAUCUAAGACCACCAUUGAACAGAAGACGGGAAAACUCUCGCUCUAGCUUUGGUCGUCGACCAACCAAUAUUUUUGGAACCCCAGCUUCGAGGAAUUCGCAGCCAAAUGAACAGCCUCAGACUGGGACAAAUCAUUCUUUCUUGGGCUUGCAAAUACCGAGAUCGAAUCAUGAUGUGGGACAUGCUAGGGCUGGGUAUAAGGGUGCGCCACGGGCUAAUGGAAUUGGACCUUCACCGAGUAGUUUGCGUGGUAUGGUUCGAGAAGAUGCUCUUGCUAGUGGUUGGGCUUCCGUUGCUGAAACGUUAAAGACGUCGAGUAGAAGUCGAGAUCAAAAGAUUCCUGUCCGUAAAGUAGAUAUCAGGAAGGGUAUUCCGCGGUUAGAGGACAAUUAUAUUUCGAAACAAACACCACCGAAUCAUCAAAAAUCUCCCAAACAAAAUCAGGUGUCAAGUCAUCAUCGCCAAAGGGAAGAGACACAUCAAGAUGAGAUGACCAAAUCUGAAGUAUCUACACGUACAACAUCCACACUUCGACGGCAAAGUGUUCGAGACUUGUUUGAUACUCAUUGUAUUGAAAGACCUCCUGGACUUGCAUCCUCCGAAGUGGCGCGUGAAGAGAUCCAUAAACCUCAAAGGCAUCGAGUCUGUCAUCUUUGUAUGUGGAUUCAUGAUAAGAAUGAAAAUACAUGUUGGAAAUGUGGACAUCGAUUAUGUAAAGCUUGUGAUAGACUUUUACCUUUUCCGAACGGAGGCAGAGAUGCAAGCUUUGAUCAAGAUCGAGUCUUUUCUACAAAUCGACAAGCAGCAUCAAGACCACCUCCGCUCAUAACAACACCUAGACCAGCAAAGAGACAGAUCACAAAACGGUCUAUGCUGGGAACUUUGCCACUUCCAAUACAAAUUGCUAAGGAAAUCACACCAAAACAAAAGCCAAGUCCCACAGAGCCUUUUCCUUCAUUUCACUCUAAUAGCUCUAUACCACAGAAUAUAAAUGCUAGGCCCGGUCUGGUUUCGACGAAUUCUAAACUAUUACAGUCGUGUCCUGGUAUUUAUAUCCCUGAGGAUCAUCAAGAGUCUACAUCUAAAUUCGAGGACACCUCUCAAGCACGUCGCCCGUAUCUUGUAGCAGAAGUCUCCUCUCAGGAUAACGCCAACGAGCGGUCGGAAUCACAGUCACCACAAACAUAUGACUACAGGUGCGAAAGUUGCCAACCUAAUCAUCAUGGAAGCUUUAUCUACCAGCGUUCCACUUCUCACUCACUAACCCGUAGUGAUGAUGUUCUAGCCAUGGAUGGUGGCAUUACAGCUAAAAAUAUCAACAAUGAGAACAACUAUCGUUCUCAAUCUUAUCCUGAUUCUUCGAAAGCAUCGCAACUUUCCAUAAGAUUGCGUCGAUUGAAUGGAUCUAAAAAUCGGGAAACACAACUCAGCCAUGAAUCAGACCAUCUGGAGUUCCCACGAACUUCUGUUAGAUCAGACCAAUUCUUAAACGGCCCAAUUCAACCGACCAUACAACAUACCUUUGCAUUGGAUUGUGCAGACCAUACAGAAAAUACACAAGAUUCAAAAAGCUCGUAUCGUGUUCUAAAAAAAUCUACACAUCACUCAGUACAACCCAGCUACGGAUUCGACCACGUAGAAGACUCACAACUCCUUCAUAACUUCUACCCAUUUAUCCACGAACCAAUAUGUAGAGCAGGACAACCAAAAUAUGGAUCAGAUUACGUAGAAUGUCACGGAUAUCCAAGGACUGGUCACGGGCACUGCGAUCGUAGUCCUGUUAGUUCAGGCAUUUUAGGAAAUUGCCAACAUUGUCUUGAUGAUUGCGAAUGUUCUGCAUGCCAGAGCACAGUUCAUAGUGUUCGGUGUUGUACAAAUGAGGUUCAUAAACCUAUGAUACAUCAUCAUCGUAGUCCGGCGAAAAUCUCACUAAAUGAUUCAGAUAUCUUUAAUAAUGAGCAUCCCGAUUCGAAGCAGAAAAGGAAAUCUUACAUACUUUCUCGUUCUCAAACUUAUGAUCGUUCGGUACUGAAUAAGUAUGAUAGUAUUUCCGAAUGGUUGGGCAGUCCUGAUGAAUUUCCUCCUCCGCAGAGAUUUGACACACCGAGGAAUACGCCGAUGGAGGUUAGUCAUGUAUUGACGAAUAGUCUUUCCAGUGGUAUCGGGAUGGCAGAUGAUACAUUAUCCAUGGAUCAAAUCCCAUCACCUUGGGUUUCAUCACCGAUCACACCAAAAGAUUUAGCACCAUUAAAAAAACAAGCAAUCAAUAAACCUCCAAGAGAAGCAACUCCCAAAUCAACCAUAAACCGCCAUAAAGCAACUCCCACCGACGGAACCAAAGAUCCAUCCAUGGAAGCCGGAGCCAUAAAAUCAAAUCUUCAAUUUCCAACCAACUCCUCACCAAGCUAUUCUUACUUCACAUCCAAUCCAUGGCGAGAAAAAGAAUCUAUCAAUUUCCCGAGAAACUAUCUUUCUUGGAAACAAAUGUCGAAUUCCCCAUUAUUACAUCGAGUAUCUGGAGGUUCAAUUGAUCGCGAUUGCGAGGUUUCGGAUAUUUGUGGUCAGUCGGAAUGGGCUGGGGAGAGAAGGAAAGGUUUGGAAUUUUAUGGAGGGGGGGGAAGUUUGGAUGUGCAGGGAUUAAGGGGAUUGGGGUGCGAGGAUAGGGGUUUGGGACGUAGAGGUGGGAAGUAGAGGUGGAAGUGAUGGAGUGGAGUGGAGGUGGAGGUGGAUGGGAGUGGAGUUGAUGGUGGAGGAAGGAUCAGGUGA